GCUCCAUCUGACUGUCUGAUCCUAGACUGUGAUACAUUGAAAAAUUUGGAAGAUAACAGAAAUGACAACGUAUUCAACAUCUGUAAUCCAUCAAAUCGACGUUCUACCCCAGAACUUCUACGGAAAAGUUUUGAGCUCGAUGUAUCUUUUCUAAAAAUAAGAAUUUUCACAUUGCGUAGCAUUAUAGCUGCUGUAGAAGUGAGCAAACGAAGUAUGACCGCUAUGGAAACCCUAAAUAUUGCUAAAAAAUCCCUUGAAACUCUGAUCAAUGAGCUAAAAGAAACAAAAUCAUCACAGCUACCUAAGAAUGUACUGAGCGGUGUCUCCAAACCUCGGUUAUUUUUGUAUGUUGAAUCACCAUAUUAUUUUCCAUACAUAUGCAAACUCCUCAUUAUUACUCAGAAAUUGGGGGAGUUGGAUUUUGAAGCUGCUGCAGACCAAGCGGAAGAAGCCAAUUCAAUCCUAAAUCAAAGUGUAGAUACUUUUGCUAGAAUUUUGUCAGACAGCCUAGAUUCAAGAUUACAGGAAAGAGAAAAUUUAACUGUUCUCAUAGAGAUGUUUUGUUUAUCAGCUGUAUUCUGUGGAAUUUUUAGCUCUCUAGCAAAAACAGACAAAAUAUUUGGGCUGAAACAGUCUAAAAAGAAAGCUAAAAAAGAGACUGCUACAAGUAUUGAACAACGGAAUAAUCCGAGCAAUCGAAAAGUAAGCUGUGAUACCAUAUACAUAACCAAUGUUCUAAAAGCCGGGAAAGAGUUAGAAGCAACUCUAUCAACAGCAGCAGAAUCUUGGGUCCAAAGUCCAAAUAUUGAUUUCUCCAUGUUUCUCAUCUCACCCGUUGACAAUACUUCGCAUGAAGAAGAUUUUCAAGAAGCAAUUAGUUCAUUUCUUAUCAGUUUAAAAAGUAGCUAUGGAAGUUCAAUCACAGAAUCUUCUAAUCUUCUGACACAGAAAUUGAAAUUUAUCCAAGAAUUAAACGUCAAAUGAAGCAUGUUGCCUUUAAAGGUUAGGUUAGUUGUGAAUCUUUCCCUCCCUCUAAAUAAAGAUGACAGUUAAAGUUUGCAAAUAGA